AUGGUUCUACCACCUCCGGGCCCGCCUUCUGGCCUGCCGGAAGGUUGGAAGGCACAUUGGAACACAGACUACAACGCAUGGCAAGUUGGUUGUUUCUACGAAAAUAUCUAUACGGAAGUCUCUGUUUGGGAGAAGCCAACAGGGCCCGCAGCACGGCCCGAAGCACGAAAACCCCCUCCAGUUCCGCCGCCGGGAUAUCAAAGCUCACCAACUGAAGCAAGACCUGCCGAUGCCUCAUCUUUGCAAGUUGCGAUGGCGGGUAUUUCUCUAGGGGGUUCGGACCCAUACAACCAACCUCCCCAGCAGCAAGCUACCUAUUCACCGGCGCCGCAACAGUUUAAUAACUAUACAUACAAUGCAAACCCGUCCCCAAACCCGAAUUCCCCGCCUGCCGUCCAGCAACAGCCUUACAGUGCCCCCCAGCAACCAGCUAUUCAGACGUAUAAUCCAGCUCCAUCCUCAACUCCCGCUUCUCCUCCGCAUCAGUCUUCAUAUGGCUCCUCCGGACCACCUACCCAGGCAUAUAACCCAACCUCAUCUCCAAAUAUGAGCUCUGCUCCGCCUACGCAUCGGCAAUCUGGGUAUGGUUCUUCUCAACCAGCUAUCCAGGCAUACGAUCCCAGUCCUUCAUCACAUCAAACUUGUCCGCCACCUGCACAACAACAAUCUUCCUAUGGCUCUCAGCCACCUCCUAUUCAAGCAUACAAUUCCAUGCCAUUAUCGAGUCCAACUUCUCCGCCGCCUACACAACCACAAUCUUCCUACGACUCUCAACCACCCCCUAUUCAAGCUUACAACCCCACCCCCUCAUCGCAUCCAAUUUCUCCGCCCCCAUCCCAGCAGUACUCUUCAUAUAGCUCUCAACCGCCCCCCAUUCAAACUUACAAUCCCAGCCCGUUAACACAUCCGACUUCCCCACCACCUACACAACCACAACCCCUAUACAGCUCUCAGCCAUACCCUAUUCAAGCCUACAAUCCAGCUCCAUCUCCAAAUCCCGCUUCAUCGCCACCCUCCAAGCCAUACACCCCUUACGACCCUCAGAAACCAGCUAUCCAAGCAUGUAACCCAACUCCUCCGAAUCCUACUUCUCCACCACCUGCGCAGCACUCAUCUCCGCAUAACCCCCUUAUUCAGCAGUAUACCCCAUUUUCUACUACGACUCCUGCCCCCCUACAGCCUACUCAGCAGAACCCACUCUACAAUUCUCAUGCCCCAUCUCCUCCUGAAGCAUACAAACCGCCACCGACUCCAAACCCCGCUACUCAACAAGCGUCACGGGAUCAGGCUGCCCCUGGGCCUUCAGCUAUUUAUCAACCGUACAGUCACAGCUCUACCCCCAGUGAUGCGUCUCAACCGCCACAACCUCAAUCUCUCAACGGCACUCAGCAACCAACCCAGCAGCAGCCCCCUUACAGCUCACAACCACCACCAUCCACACCUCAACACUACAGCCUAAAUACAGCUCCUAACUAUCAGCCUUCUUAUGGGUCUCAACCUCCACCGACGCCUCAACCGUAUAGUCCUAACCCUCCACCGGCCGCCGUUCCUCAACCGGCCCCUUUGACUCUUCAGCCCACCCCUCAACCGCCCAUAAGUGCCUUAUCUCCUACUAGCCAUCCCCCAACUCCCCAGCCCGGUACCUUCGGCGCACCUCCAGCCAAUAGUGCAAACAAUUUACCUCCCAAAAACCCACAAUAUGGACCGCCUCAACCAGCCUAUAACACUUGCCCGCCACAGCAAACCCGUCCGACGUACGGAUACCCCCCUCCAACACCUUCACCACAUGGACAGCAACCGGCCGUUUCGCCUCAAGCACAAUAUGGCCAGCAACAGCGGAAUGGUCCCCCUCCGCCAGCAUAUGGACAACCAGUACCAGCGCCAUAUACUCCCCAACCAGCAAAUGGACAGCCAGCCCCUUAUCACCCACAGCAGGGAUAUGGGCCAAAUCCUGUGUACGGCGCAUCCCAUCCACGUCCAACCCCAGCCCCAGUCUCAGCAACAAGAGCCCCUUCAAAUUCAGCCAACAAUACGAAAUCCGGACUGAGCGCAGGGAUGGGGGCGCUACUUGGCGCUGGUAGUGGUCUACUAGCCGGUGCAGUCCUAACACAUGAAUGGGACAAGCACACCCAACAUUCUGGCAAAGGAGCAUUGACGAGCAGUUAUGGUGGCGUGGCUGGAUAUGUGACUGGACCCACUGUAGUUGUCGAGCAGCCGGUUGUGGUCCAGGACAACGUUUAUGUGCAGAGUAAUACGUACGUGGAGAAUGAUACCUAUGUGCAGAGCGACAUAAUCGUGGAUAGCACCACGUAUGUGGAGAAUGAUACUUACGUGGAGAAUGAUACGUACGUGGAGAACGAUACGUACGUUGAGACGGAUACCUAUGAGGUCGACUGGUAG